AAAACGGAGUACAGUUGGUGGAAGCGUGUAAUCGCCGCGCGCAGCUAUCGGGACUAUCAGUAGCGACGUCAUGGAUAGCCUCGUAGAGAGCUACACACGUUUUUGGCAGCGGUGUUCCGUGCCCUUAGCCGUGGCAAUGGUGUCCGUCGUCGUCGUCGCCGUCGUCGGCAUAGCCAGCGAACCCGUGGGCAGCGCGUCGGUGAUUUAAGUCGCGCAGUGCCGCCGUGACGGUCGAUCGAAGCGUUGGUGUACCUGGGAAUGCACCUCCACGAUGCCCCGGUCUCGAUGUUACCUCGUCCCGACAGUGUCUAAGUCGUUCUGUGGAUCCAGAAGACUCGUACAUCGCCCAGCGGCUGUAUAAACACCCGAGAGUCUCACCUGCUCCGAACCUGAACCGAAGAUUCGUCGCGUCGCUCCGAAUCGACGCGACUGCCAUCGUUGGACUGCUCCAAUUGCAAUUCGUUAAGGAACGUCCUCCUGUGAGAGAUAUCGUCGUCGGAAUAUCAUAAAUGGCUGAUUCUGAAUAAAAGUGAACAAAAGUCUGGUGGGUCGAUCGUUCCCCAGGUGCGUUCAAUGCCUCUAGUGACAGACGCUCCUAGAUUUGAUCUAAACUCUGUAGAUUGUACAGGUAUCGUGAGAUUCUCUUAAAUUCGUUACGGCACGAGGAUUCGUGCAGUUACAAAUCCUUCCACGCGCAGGGUCAGAAGAAACGAAAGCGAAGCACAUGAGAGCGUGAUCCUCUUGGAAAGUGGUGCAAGUGUGUUGGGUGAAGCAAGUGGUUAUCGAUGUCGACCCCUAAAGUGGACAUUUUCUAGCUGCGCAAAGCAUUCAUGAAAUACCUUUGUUUGUUUGUUCGUGUAAACAAGAUCUCUGGGCACCAGAGGUCCAGACCAAGACCUCAGGGGCUCAGCGGUGCUUGAUUCUGUUGCAUCUGCGUACAAAGAGGAUUCGCUAGUCGAUAACCGUCCGAUAAACGCGGGCCACGCUCCAAGCGACCUCAGUGAAGGCUAGGUGAGUACCAAAACAAAUGUCAUCGAGCGAGUCUACUAUCGCGAAUUACGUUGCCCGCGCGUAGGUGUUCGCUACUCCGUGGAGGGUUCGUCGACACUGUCGGUCCAGGUGCUGACCGAAAAAGGCCAGCGAGAUACGGAUAUAGAACGCCGGCGGCGACAGUUGGAAAAAGAUCGAAGAGAACCAGUCGACGGGAGGUUGGCCGUGCAAGCAGGGAUUCCUGGCAUGUACGAGAAUCGAUAGCUGGGAAUACGAGAGCGGUUGAAGCAAAGAAACGUCACCGUUAUCGACAGGCUGAAACCGGAGGGUGCAGAAAGUUUUAGUUCCUAUCGCAAGUUUUAGUUCCACGCUACAGUUGUCCAGUGUCCGUAGGCGUUCAGCUCGAACGAUACGAGCAGGAGGAUCGUUCCGACACGCGAAGCAAUAAGUGACACCCUUGAUAAUUGAAGCUCGAACCCCUCGGAAGUUAUCGCUCAAACCCCUUGAAACUUGGAGCUCCGGCUUCGAUGAACGCUUGCUCGGCGCUGAAAUCGACGGCUAGCCCCUUUAUCGAGAAUAAUCCCGAAACGAUCGUCUUCCAGCGAGGUGUGACUCCUUGAGCCUCCGUUAAGCAAUAAAGGCGUCGUCUAAUUAACUCCACUCGAGACUACGCCUCGUGUGAAUCUAAGAACAAUCGCGGAGCCAGAGCUAGGAGACGUAGGGUGCCUCGAAGCACCCCUAGUGGGCGUAAACAGCGGGAGCCACGAACCCUGCAGGUUCCUCGUGGCUGGGCAUCCCCUUCUGAUGGUAGAGCGAGUGACUCAGAGUCGGUGGACGAGCGCUGGCGACCAUCGCCAGCAGCGUCCAUGCCGUCGUCAACGCGCAACGUCAACAUGGCUCCACGUGCAGUCCCCUCGAUGAUCCUCCUCACCCUGCUCGCCCUCUGCUGGCCCAAAUGCAGCCAAGCAGGAUUGGCGAGAUUCUACGACGCUGUCCCCGAGCAUAUGCAGCCAGAGAAACGCAUACCCAUCGACGAUUAUGCGAUGCACGGCCCGAUAGUCGACGAACACGAGUUUCCCCGUGACCUGAGGGAACCCUAUCCAGGAAAGAGUUUUGGUCCAAUGGGGCCCGUUGAUGGGUCUCUGCCAGACGACCGCGACGUGUCUUUUCGAAGCUUGUCGGCUGGGAAAGACGACACCAACCACCCCAUUGAGUCCCAUCUAGCUUCCCACUCGUCCGAAGAAGGAGCGAAGACACCUCUUCAUCCUAAACCAGAAUACAAAAUCGUCUCGGUGGAGUUCCAUCGCGUGGAGACGCCGUUCGUGAUCGGCAUAUGGAUCUUCUUCGCUAGCAUCGCAAAAAUAGGCUUCCACAUGACGCCAAGGCUCAGCAAGAUCUUUCCCGAGUCCUGUUUGCUGAUCGUCGUGGGCGUCGUCGUCGGUGUCUUACUGUUCCAGGCGAGCAGCGUCCACGUGUCGCCGCUCACUCCGGACACGUUCUUCCUGUACAUGCUGCCCCCCAUAAUCCUGGACGCUGGCUACUUCAUGCCUAACCGUCUGUUCUUCGACCACCUGGGGACUAUACUCCUCUUCGCCGUUGUCGGGACUAUAUUCAACACCAUGUCGAUAGGCGCAUCUCUAUGGGUGUUGGGUAAAAGCGGUUUGUUCGGCUGCGAAACACCGAUACUGGACAUGUUCCUCUUCUCCGCGUUGAUCAGCGCCGUCGAUCCCGUCGCCGUGUUAGCCGUCUUCGAGGAAAUCCACGUAAACGAGAUCCUGUACAUCGUGGUAUUCGGAGAGAGUCUUCUAAACGACGCAGUCACCGUCGUGCUGUACCACAUGUUCGAGGCUUAUACGGAAAUGGGACCUUCGAGGAUCAUUUAUACGGAUGUACUGUCAGGACUGGCGUCGUUCUUCGUCGUGGCUAUAGGUGGUACAAUAAUAGGCGUCAUAUGGGGCUUCGCGACUGGUUUCGUCACGAGGUUUACCCACCAGGUCCGCGUCAUCGAGCCCAUCUUCAUAUUCGUCAUGGCGUACCUGGCCUACCUGAAUGCUGAGAUCUUUCACAUGUCGAGUAUACUGGCGAUCACCUUCUGCGGGAUCACCAUGAAGAAUUACGUGGAGGCCAACAUAUCACACAAGUCCCACACUACCGUCAAGUACACGAUGAAGAUGCUGUCCAGCGGCUCCGAGACGAUCAUAUUCAUGUUCCUGGGGGUGGCGACGGUGAACAACGCUCACAACUGGAACACAUGGUUCGUCCUCAUGACCAUAGUCUUCUGUUCCAUCUAUCGAAUCCUCGGCGUGAUCGUACUGACAGCUGUGGCGAAUCAAUUCCGACUACACAGGCUGGACAAAGUGGAGAAGUUCGUGAUGUCUUACGGAGGCUUAAGAGGCGCGGUUGCUUUUGCUCUGGUUCUACUGAUUGACCCCAGACACGUGCCAUUGCAACCGAUGUUCGUCACCACCACCAUCGCUGUUAUCUACUUCACCGUGUUCAUACAGGGCAUCACGAUCAAGCCGCUGGUAAAGAUCCUGAACGUGAAGAGGGCUGAGAAGAAGAAGCCAACUAUGAACGAGAGGAUUCACGAACGGAUAAUGGAUCACGUUAUGGCCGGGGUCGAGGACAUUUUAGGGAAGCACGGCAACUACCAUGUCCGAGACAAGUUCAAACGGUUUGACAAUAAAUUCAUUCGACCGUAUUUGGUGAGGCAUCACUGCGGUGCCGAGCCGAAAAUUUUAGAAACGUACUCGAAACUCGCGAUGAAGGACGCCAUGGAUUACAUUAGGAGGAACGCGUCCACCAUUGGCAAUAUCAGCGGAACGGAAAGCAUGUCUGCAAUAUUCCGCAACUAUAGCAACACGGGACAGUUCCACGGGAGUCCGAGUUGCAGCCAGCUCGAAACGGGCUGGAAUAUUGAUCUCCAAGAGUUGGAGUACAACCCUUCCAAGAAGGACCUCACGGACGCCAGGAUCCACCACUUAUUGGCCGAAGAACUCUGCAAACCUUACAAGAGGCAUCGACGCUUGAGCUAUAGCAGGCACGCGGUGAACGAUCGCGAUCUCUCGACUCAAGUCAAUUAUAAAAUGCACAUGAACAUACGGAGGAUGAUGGGCGAGCACAAGCAUCGUCACAAGCGCAGCAAAAAGUUGCUCAAAGACGGCAAGCAGAAUCACGUGAGUUUCCCAGAGUUCCAGCAGAACGGUUCGACGAAGCUGUUCACUCAAGAUUACAUGAACGGGGUGCUGUACGAGCUGGAGAACGGGGAUACCUCAAAGCCUUCCAGCAAAGAGGAUUGGGACUCUGCGAUAACUUUCACGGCCCGUACUUCCGACUCGUCGAACGUGAAUGCGGAGAACCAUCACGGAGCUACCACGACCACCUCGAUGGACACCAUCAACACGGACGACCCGGAACUGAAGCUCGGGCGAGACGAGUGCUACAGGGUAACGACGCCCACUGCCACGGAAACGAUGUUACCAUGGAAAAGGGAGGACGAUUACGAUUCCGGUCACCCUAUCAAACAGAACGAAUUCCCAGCCUGGUGUUCGAAUAAAGAAUACCUGGCGUACAGUUCUCCGUCGGCGACGUUCUUAGGUGGAAUCGAGCAGCCGAAGAUCCAGUCUGUAAUUGGCCUAUUCCGUCGCGAUAGCGUCUGCACUCCAGACAGCAUGGAUUGCGAAGAAUCCCUGGACAAGCACGACGACUACACGCUGACUGAAACAGAGCAGACAGACUCACCUUCAAGAGCGUCGAACGGGAGGCGGGGUCCCACGAGAAGGGUGUCGAUGAUGGAGCUGGGCUCCAUGGAGAGAUCACAGUCGGACAAAGUGACAGACGAUGGUUCCCAUUCUCUGCCAGAAUGCUGGAAUACUCCUCAGAAGUACCGUAUGGGUUCGUUCUCCUAUUCAGCCCAGGUACCCAGCCUCUCCACCGCCCUCAUAACGUCCUCCUCGGAAUCGUCGGAGGACAUCGACGAGGAGGAGGAGAACGCUUGACCCUUGGGGAUCGUCGAGGAGCAGACGCCCUACGCUGACGUCGAGCGUCGGCUGCGUCGCCCGUGGCGACGACCACCUCGACGCUCGUUGCUUUCGUCGCUCUUACGACGACCCAGCGCACCUGUCUGAAGGGAAAGUAACACCUCUGGCCACGCGACUAUGGCGUAUCCACCCUAAACAGUCGCGUGUGCGUUACACAAGGAGAAGGAAGAGCAGCUCGUUUUUUUAUCCACCUCCCGCAGCAGGACCACGAUGACGGAAAGUAUCUAUAUAUAUUGACCGAGGUCUGAGCACGUGGAGGAAUCGACGUGGGGAGAGAGGGCGCAUUUGCCCUGAAGAGAAUUCUUAUCUUGCUGCCACAGCCAAGCAACUCCAUGGUCUUACGAAGGGAUGUAGACGUUGUUAUACUUGAAAUGCAAGGGAGAGCGUCGCUCAAGUGAAGCCAAACAUAGCGUCGAAAGAAGUUCAUCGAGUUCGAAUUUGUAUUUCUGCUGUAAAAUUGUAUCUUUUAUUGUCGAGUUAGGUAGACCUCAAUGUGUUUCUAAUCUUGAACUUUGCCACUACCACCUGCAACAAUAUGGGAACUUAAUCUUUAAACUGUCUAAUUAAACCUAACGUUAGAACGUACAUUUUUAUUUCUCUGCGCGCCAUGUUGGCUUCGACUCAGCGACGUAUCUCGAGCGCAGCAUACAAACCAUAGGCUGCUCUGAUACUCAAGCUACCACACAACUCGAAGUAGCGACAGACUGAGAAUUCAAAACCGAGGAAAGUCAAUUUGAGGGUAGGAUACCUCUUUCCUAAACCCUUUACACCUAGUCGAUUCUCUCACCUGUCUCCACCGACGCAUUAGCUCGCACGCAGAAACGAGUUCAUCAUGGCAUAGGUAGUUCUCCAUCGUCACGAGCGAAAGGAACAGAGAAAUUUUUCUUUCCGCUUAAACUCUUCAUGCACAGGGAGGAUUCACAUUCCCCCCCCCCCCCCGUUUUGAGGGGUUCACACAUUUUGGAAUUUUCAAGAGGAACCAGUGGUUGACGAGAACAACCACGGAAACGCACCGUAGCAAGAUGCCGCUCAACGCGUCCGGUAUUUUCUAGCAAAGAGUUACCGCACCAGACGCACCGCGAUCGCACGGAUGCCAUUUUUGAUACACUCAGACCGCUGCGCGAAUACUUUUUGCACAUUCGACGAGUGGUACGUGGAAGAAAGAAGAAGACAGAGGGUGGGAAACCUGAGAAAGCUAUUUUUUUAACCGAUACCUUUUCCUCCACGCACGACUGACGGUCACAUAGGAUCGAGGCGGAGGUACCUGGGGGAUGUUUUUCCUGUUGUUCGUUUUGAUGCUUCCUCCGCGAACCACGCGGAUCGUCCACGGGGAUUUCUUAAUCUCGAACGAACAGAAAAAACGAUUUUGUCGUUGUUUCCUGUUCUAAUAUUUUUCUGCGUGUCGAGAAAAAUCGACAACCGAAGGGCCGCGCGCCGUUUCCUAGAGCUCGGAUUCUUCUUCGAACCGAAUCCUGUGCGAAUUGACUUGCGAAGAUCGCUGAUUACUUGGUAUCGUGGCCUUAAGAUUCCUAGAUGUAUCCUAACGAUCGGAACUUUCUGUAUGGAGAUGACAGAGGGAAGGGGAUGAGUCUUUUCCCUGGACGCCUUUGGACGCAACCUACGUAGCGUCAAGAACUCGUAGAUACGCGCGCUUAGGUGAUUCUGUGACGCGCUAUAGUUUUUGUUUUUUAGGGGAAUACAGAAAAUCUCUGACGCAAAAUGACUUGACAAGCUGGGGUCACAUGUGCAAUUUGCUUUUGAAUUUUUAGAUGUGAAUCUAGAAAUAGACACACCCGCUGGGGCGCAGAGUUCAGGGCAUUGUAUUAGUUAUUCGUUAUGAAAGCGGGGUACGUUCAUUUAUUGGUUCGUUUAAAUUCUUCGUAUUGCACAAACAAGUAGACCCUUGUUUUAAAUGAAUGAACUUAUCGCAGUUUCAUAAUGAACGGCUGAUAUAUAUAUAUAUCAAGGAACCGUUUAUACACGCGUACAAGAUGGAAAGGGGCUGACUAAAUAUCCCUGUUACCUUCGAGGGAGCUAAAAUCAUGUCAAUUGUAUAGUUUGGGUAACCACUUCUCUAGAAAAUAUUUGUUCGGAUAGAAUAUAAUUCGGAUAGAUAGAAACAGUAUUGUGUUUAUCAGACAUUACAUGCAUUGUUUUAUAAUUGAGAAAAACUUAUAAUCUUUUGGCAUACCUGAUAUAUCAAACUAUGCAACCUGUCGAUGACAAGACUCUUGCAUCCUCAACCACAGUGAUUUUGAUGUUCCCUUUCAGACAACCCAUCUUGAUGUCACAUUAUUAAGUUUCUGCAGGGACUCUUGCAAACUUUUCAAUAUUU